AUGGCCCCCUCACUCGUCACAAUCGAUGCUUCGGAGCCUCUAGACAAGGUCUUCGAGAUCAUUGCCAGAGAUGGCGGAGUCAUUGUUUCCAACUUUCUCUCUCCCGAGCUCUUGAAAGAAUGCAUGGACUCCAUCGAGCCUUUCUUCAAAGGUCGCAAAACCUACGACUCCAAGGCGACACACGACGAACUCGGUCCUGACUUUUUCCCGGAGGGCUCGCAGCGCGUCUACGCCCUUUUGUCCAAGAUCCCAGACCAGAUUGUCAAGAUCAUGCGCCUCCCCGUGUGGCAAGGUAUUAUGGGAGAGUUUCUCAAUGACGAAUUCGCAUCCUACACGGGGGAGCGGCUGGUGCCCCAGAAGAGCGGGUACAUGCUGGCAUCAACCGCGGCCCUUCGUCUUGUUCCCGGAGCCAAACCGCAGCCACUACACAGAGACCAGAUUGCCUACCAAAUCCGACCCGACCCCAACAACCCCCUCUUCACACCCAUGGUUGGCUGCCUGAUUGCAGGAUCCAAGUGCACAUACAAGAAUGGCGCAACUGCAGUGAUUCCUGGUAGCCACUUGUGGAGCCCAGACCGCAUGCCCAAGCUCGAGGAGUGCACAUAUGCGGAGAUGGAGCCGGGCUCUGCUCUCUUCACUCUUGGCUCAACCUACCACGCCGCUGGCGAGAACAAAUGCGAAAAGACCGACCCUCUAGCCCUGCGCACACUUUUCGCUGUCUUCGGCCAGCGUGACUACUUCCGCCAAGAUCAGGACGAGGUCCUCUCCACGCCCAUUGAGAUCGCUCGGCGUCUGCCAGACGAUAUCCUGAAGCUAGCCGGUUACUACAAGGCUGUUGGAGGCGUUGGAUACGUAGAAGACCACCAGAGCCCCGUUGAGUACCUGCACAGCGAUGAAUUUGGAGCCGGCAAGUUUAGCGCUGCGCACCUAGCUGUUUAG